AUGCAAGCUAGCACACCCAAACGGUACUCUAAACAAUUACAUCAAGAUGGUAAUCAAAGACCUAAUUUAAACUUAGCUGCACAAGACUUGGGCGAUCCAAGUAAACCUAAAUCCAUUUUAUUAGCAACUAAUCAGACUCCAAAGAAGGAAAACUUGUCUGUUCGAUUCGAAGAUUCAUUUCAACGGCAAGUAAGAAAAUCGCCUAGUCACACCAGUCGUGCAACGCAGCAUGAAUGGAUUUCCUCAUUGAUGGAUAAUUCCCGUAACAUAAACGAAGAGGACCCUUGUGAAUCAAACUUUAAAGACAUUUUAGAAUUCCGUAGAGUUAAUAGGGAGGAAUGUGAAUGCGACAUUGAAAGAAUGCGCGAGCUAGAAUUAGGACUAUCUCAAUCAGCCCAUUUGCUUCCGCAAGAUGACUCAUUGCCUAAACGAAAAAUUCAUCACUAUUACGUCAAUGAUAGACUUUUUCUAGAGCCAGUCUAUAUUGAUAAUGAAGGUUAUCACGAAACAGGAACACCCUCAUAUCUAGAUAAUAUACGGGUUACAUUACGACAUUCCAUCCUUGAACCACAAGACAAAGUUAAACCACAUAGGAGAAACAGCUUCGAUCCAAGGGAUUCAAUGAGUUUAUCCCAACAUUGCUUAGCAGGUUGGAAAAGCUCCAAGCUAAAUAUCACACAAUCGUCAUCACCGAUGGAUCUACGCUCUGCUGCAAAUCAACCUUUCAUAAGAACGCGCAUGCAACCAGUACAAAAUGAGAAAGCAAGCAAAGUCCCAUCGAAUAGUACGAAAGAUUUAAUAGAUCGCAUGCACGCGAUAAACUAUACCAUGCAGUUAUUAGAAAAAGAGCAGCAGUCACUCGGAGAUGUAUAA